UUUCUUUCCCUUUCUCUUUUUUUUUUGUCAGUAUUUUUCGCGAGAUCGCUACGCAGCAAUUGUUAAUUCAUCGUCGAUCGCCAAAUCCUUGGAUGAGCACUAUAUACGCUAAUUGUCGAUAACAAUGUCGUUAAUUAAUUGUUUAUUUACUCGUUGAAGUUGUAACUGGAUUAUGCACCAGCUUUCACUGAACAUUCUCGCUGCUUUUCAGUUUGUAAAUGCUACAACAUGCCACCCAAACAGAGGAAAAUAGCUAUUAUGGGCUAUAGAUCCGUAGGUAAAUCAUCCCUUAGUAUACAGUUUGUCGAGGGACAAUUUGUGGACUCGUAUGAUCCUACAAUAGAGAAUACGUUUACAAAAAGUACACGAGUAAAUAGUCAAGAUUAUGAACUUAAAUUAGUAGACACAGCUGGUCAAGAUGAAUAUAGCAUAUUUCCUACUCAGUAUUCCAUGGACAUCCACGGUUAUGUCCUGGUAUACAGCAUAACCAGUGCGAAGAGUUUUGAAAUUGUACAAAUUAUUUAUGACAAACUACUUGACAUCACUGGAAAGCUUCACGUUCCAAUUGUAUUAGUGGGUAACAAAACGGAUUUGUACGUUGAUCGUAUGAUCACGACAGACCAAGGAAAGCGCUUAGCAAAUUCCUGGAAUGCAGCAUUUCUAGAAACCAGUGCAAAACAAAAUGAGUCUGUUGCAGAUAUUUUUCACACAUUGCUGAUGGAGAUCGAAAAAGCUAAUGGAAAUGUACAAGAAAAAUCGAAUUGCAUUAUUUGUUGAAUUGCCUGAAAUAAUGGCAUUAACAGAAAUGUAAAUGUGUAAAACGGUAAAAACAUUGGCAUUAUAUCUCUAAUACCUUCCCACUGACGCAAAUACAAAAAUCUAAAAAACGUAAAAGCAAAUGCAAAUGUAACAAUAGAUAAUAUUAUUUAUAUACAUAUAACCAUAAAAUAUUUUAUGGUUAUUAUGUUUAUAAAAUAAUUGAUAGUUUUUCAUGUUCCGAUUUAAUGUUCCGAUUAUAUAAUUAAAGUGACAAUCUAAUAU